ACAGUUCUCACUGGACUCCACAACAAGGCCAAAAGAAGUAGAGCAACUUGAUUUUCUGGAGCUGCCUGACCUGACAGUGCCUGUUGUAGUAGUCUAAUCUUACUAAAUCCAACUUAGAUCUAUUUCAAGUAGCAGUAUCUACUGAAUCAACUUCAGCUUAUUAUUCAGCAAAACAUGAUGCUACCUGCCCUGGCCAAAAAUGUAUGCUUAUCUUCUGCAAGGCAGCAAAAGCUACCAAUGUUAGCAAGCAUGGUUGGCACUCGUACAGCAUGGUUCAAGGAAUAUCAUAAUGGAGGAGAUAAAAAGAUGCGACUGUCUUCAUUUCCAUUAACUACCAUUUGUCAAGAAGUAAACAACCAAAAGCUGUUAAUUGAGGAACUUGAGAAGCAAGAGAAAGCCUUUUUAUCUUGUGAUAACACUACGUAUUCAUUAUGGUUGAUCAAUCAGCUUUAUAAUGUGAGCAAUGAGAUCUGUUCUUUGAAAAAGGAUUUGAAAAAGCUGGAGAGCAAAAAGAAGGAAAUACUUAACAAGUUUGAGUUCUGUGUGCAAGAUACACAUAAGAUAAAGUUUUGUUUGGUGGAUGUGCUACGGCCAGCAAUUUUAGAAGUGCCUCUACCUCUAAAUUAUAUAUUGACCGAUCGUCGUAUAGAGGCCGACAUUUUACCAGAGCAGCUCCGGCCACUGAAAGCUGACCGUAAAUGCUCAUUGGAUGGGUCCUAUGUAAGAUGGGGAACUCAAAAAUUUAUAUAUGCAUUUUUGAAAACUCUUCGAGCCUCUUCGGCAACGUUAAACCAAUUUUCAUUUGGUAAACAGCUGGUUCCUAAAUUUGUUGAUGAUAUUGACAGAAUUUGUCAAAUGAAGCCAUUGGAUCUACCAAGAUUGUAUAUUAGCACUGGUUUGUUGCCUAAAGAAAUGGUACUUGAUAUUUAUGACUCUUCAUCAGAUUUGGAUGGUUUCGUAAAAAGUUUGAAGUCGAAUAUUGAAAUUAAGCCAGUUAAAGCUAAUUGUAAAGAUAUGUUAAUAAAGUGGCUGAAAUCUUCUGGAAUUUUCAACAAGUACAAAGUAAUGGGCAACAAUAGAGCACUGGAUGGCAUAGGCGUGUCAUUGUAUCACAAAUCAAGACCUGACUUCUGUUUAAUACCAAAAGAGAUAGGUGGAACACCUUCAGGUAUAGCCUAUGUUCAUGUGGCAUUGGUUAAGUAUUAUUAUUAA